AUGGCCAGAAUCAAAAGAACAACAAGGCAGUGUAGCUCUGAUGGAGUUUUCUUCCAUUCGGAUGGGUCGACUGUUUAUUCAGACGGCUCAAUAAGAGUGCCUCGAAGUGAGCUGUCGGAACACCCUGACAGCCCUUCCUAUCUUCCUCCUACCCCCACCUAUUACCAUUCGCCCACAUCUAGUGGAACUCCCAGUGAUGGAAUCCUGGGGGAGGCAGAUGAAGAAUAUCAACCCGGGCCUUCUGGACAGGCGCCGGAAGAGAGUCUAGGGGAGGACCCCGCUGCCACCAGUCGGCGGUCCCCUAGCUCUGAUGACGAGUCGGCCUCGUCAUCUUCUUCAAAGAAUGCCUCCGUAACUUCAGAGGAGGCUAGAUCAAACAUAGAUUCUGCUAGAGAGUCCCCUACUAUCAACAAAGCAAUGGAAAAGCUCUCGGCCACAAGGAAGCCGGUUGUAUCUGCUGCUCGAUACAGGUCGAAUGUCCUAAACAGGGCAAAAGUAACCACUCACACCAAAGUGGACGAGCAGAAAACUGGCGGCACCCCCAAGGUUGCGCCUUCCAAAUCUCCUUCAAAACCAUCCAACCCUAAGGUCCAAAAGACAAGGGCGGGUGAUGUUUGCGCAUCCAGCAAGGGCGGCCGGAAGCACAUUGCUCAUAGGCCCAAGAAGGGCCCAGACGCCUCUUCUCUCGAAGCUGAACAGGAGAUCAGCAAACCGAAUGCCCAGAGGGCAUCGAAGGGUGGCUUUAAGCAACCCACCACUGCUGUCAGCUCAGCAGGAGAGAAGAGGAGCCUGGGGAGAGAGGAGGAACAGAAGGACGACGUUCCUGUGCAGAGGCCGACUGUAGUCCAGAUGGCCAAGUCCAUGAUGAGGGCGGUUGAUCCUGACGACAAGGCGUCUGUCAGAGGAGUCGGCACCCUUGACUUGGAUGGCAUCUUGGGGAACCUCUGCGAGGCCAUGCUGCGCGUCCAAGGGCUUAGACUACCCCUCAAGGAGAAGUCCAAAGAGGAAACAGUUGCCAAAGCUCGGGCCGAGUCCGCCUUGGAUCGAGCUCAAUUUGAUAUUGCUCAGAAUGAGUUUCUGACGCUUGAUAUGAUGUAUUCGCAGGCGGAAGCCAAUAUGCAGGUGAAGAAGGACCUGGACUCGGCCCGCCUGCGCAUCACUUCCCUUAAGAAAGAGAUUACAACUCUUAAGGAGAAGCUCGAGCCUCUUCAAGAUGCCAAAGAAGAGGCCGAGAGAGCCAUGCAGAAGGUGGGCCGCUUGGAGCAGCGCCUCAGCAACCAGGAGCAUCAGCUGAAGUCCAAGUUUGAGUCCGUGGCUGAUCAAGUGAGAGAGGCUCUUGUUAAGAAAAUGAUGAGAGAUUAUGAAGCCAUCAUGCGGGACACUUGGGCGGCUGUACAACCGGACUCAGACUAUCAGAUUUGGAAAUCCAAAUUUGACGAAGCCAGCAAAGCAUUCGACGCUCGCCUUAUUGAAGAGGCUGAGAAUGCUGAGGCCGAGGAAAGUUCUGGGUCCGACUCUUCUAGGGAGUCGUCCUCUGGUGGCGAGGAGGAGGAUCAGGCGGAGGAGCAAGAGAAAAAGGAUGAAGAGCAGCCGAAGUACGAUAGGCCGGCUGCCACUAAAGAGGCUCUCCCCUGA